AUGUCGAUCGCUUCCCUUGCUCCAGCUAACAGCAAGAAGUCGAGAACGACGGCUCUCAACUCCUUCAACGCGUUCCUCGAAUGUGAGAACGUAACAACCGACGCCGCUCAUAAGCUUAUUGACGCUGACAAGACCGGUAAGGUGCUGAAAAUCAUGUUAGAUAAGUAUGCAUACUCCCUAGCUAGAUCGACAGACAAAGUGUUAUCAACAAAUACGUGUCUUGCGUAUUUCGGAAACGUGAAAAACUGGUUGCUGGAUAAGUAUCCACAACAGGGAGCAAUCGUAAAACCACAGCUGCAAAAAAUCCUGUCUGGGCUUGGAAAGUAUUGCAGCAACCGCGAGGACGGUGCGCUGGAAAAGAAGGCCCCACCGUGUUCCAAACAAGAUCUAGAAACUAUAGUUCGACUGCUGUAUACGUCGGAUUCGGCGGAUACCAUCUACUUCGACGCUGCCGUUGUCGUCACGAUGUGGCACCUGUACGGGCGUAGCUCUGAUGCCGAGCAGCGCGAGAAACAUCAGCUCUCAAUUCUUCCUGGCAAGUCUUGA